UUGUUUUGCAACUGUUACUCAUCAGCCUGUACUUGCCUUGCAGGUAUUUUCUUUUUUUCUUUUUUUUUUAGGUGCAAAUAUUUGAUAUUCCUUAAAUCCCCUCAUGACAUUUACCUGUUUCUUGUCACUACCUUCAGAGGAUUGCAGGUUUCGUCAUUCUGCUUCGAAAUCCUCUGCUGAGUUUCACCAUCGUCCACACCUGUCUUGUCCAAUAGGACUGUAACGGUAUUGAGCACUGACAUGUGCCCCCGCCCCCACCUGCUCCACCCCCACCGGGUGUAGAGACUAACGACUGUUACUAGAUGACACAUCUCUUCCGUGUUUAAGUUUCUACCAAAUGUGAAUGUUCAAAUCCAUCGGGUUUGUUAUGGGCUUUCACAGCCUCAUCAAGGUUCUGUAAGUUGACAUUUUGGGGAGAGAUGGCUUCCAUUGUUGUCUUCAGGCGAAGAAUGACACCUGAGGCAAAAGAAAAAAACAGAGCAAAGAAACGCCUUCAUCCUGAAGAUAAUGUUGGUCUCAGCCUUGUUGUUCCCAUGUCCUGAGGCAGACCAAGUCACGUUCCCUCCAACAGACAACCCUAACUCUAACUCUAACCCUUUCAUUCUUCACGAGCUGAUGAUGCUAACUGCAGUCAGUGGUGUACACCUCUGGAUCUGUUAUAAUUCUCUGCUAACUUCAGUAACAACGCUAUGGAUACUUUCUACAACCACUCUAAGCAUGGAGGCGCAACCAACAGGUGGACUCAGAUCGGGUCGGAGCUAUGCGUGGAACAAAGCGUCGAGGUGCACAGGAGUGAUCAAGGCACGUUUCAUUGGCGACGUAAAAAAUUUGGUGCCGUGGUACAGGGAUUGAAGUUAUUCUGCCGUCGUCUGUGUCGCCUGAGAAUGGUGAAGAACACAAUCGUCUUGGCCCUGCUGCUGCUGCUGGUGGCGGCUGUCGCCACUUUUCUGGGCGUCUUCUUCACGGUGGGGCAGAAGAAGCCCGGUCAGCAGGUGUACUGGAAGGCGGCCGUGGCCGCGGACGCUGGGCCGUGUUCGGACAUCGGCAGGGACAUACUGAAGAGAGGAGGGUCGGCCGUGGACUCCUGUAUCGCUGCUCUACUCUGUGUGGGUCUCAUGAAUGCUCACAGCAUGGGGAUUGGAGGAGGGCUUUUCCUAACGAUCUACAACGCAGCAACUGGAAAAGUCGAGACCAUCGAUGCCAGAGAAACAGCCCCGCACGCUGCCACAGAGAACAUGUUCGGAGACAACAAGGACCUAGCAUUGAGGGGUGGUUUGGCGAUUGCGGUUCCGGGGGAGAUCCGAGGUUACCAGCUGGCACACCAGCGACACGGUAAACUGCCUUGGAAAGACUUGUUCCAGCCCAGCAUUGAACUGGCAAAGAAUGGCUUUCCUCUGGGUCGAGCUCUGGCCACAUCUUUGUCGGAAAACAGUGACAUUAUCAAGAACGACACCACCCUGUGCGAGGUGUUCUGCGGUAAAGAUAACGACGUCCUUAAAGAAAACGACACCAUCAAAUUUACCAAGCUCGCCGCAACUUACACCAUAAUAGCCAACGAGGGGGCAAACGCGUUUUAUGAGGGACAACUGGCCCAGAACAUGUUGGCAGACAUUCGGGCCGCAGGCGGAAUCAUCACAAUGGAGGAUCUUAGGGAUUAUACGGCUGUCUUGGAUGAGAAACCUAUAAGUGUGGAUCUGGGGGCGUACACCAUGUUCUCUCCCAAUGCCCCCUCCAGCGGCCCUGUGCUCACACUGAUAUUGAACAUCCUAAAGGGCUACAACUUCAACUCAGAAAGCGUGUCCAGUACGGAAAAAAAGAUCACAACGUACCAUCGCAUCAUCGAGGCCUUUCGUUUUGCGUAUGCCAAGAGGUCGUUACUGGGAGAUCCGGCUUUUCUCAACAUUACAAACCUCAUCCAUAACCUGACCUCAUCCUUCUAUGCUGAUGAGCUGCGUAAAAAGAUCACAGACCACACCACACAUGAGAUGAGCUACUACGAGCCACAGUUUUAUCUGCCUGAAAACCGUGGAACCUCACACAUAUCUGUAGUGGCCGAAGACGGCAGCGCCGUGGCGGCCACGAGCACCAUCAACAAAUAUCUGGGCUCCAAAGUCAUGUCAAAAUCCACGGGGAUCAUUUUCAACAAUGAGAUGGACGACUUCAGCUCGCCCAACUUCACCAACAGCUUUGGAGUUCCCCCUUCGCCCAGCAACUUCAUCAGGCCAGGUAAAAGGCCGAUGUCGUCUAUGUGUCCGACAAUUCUCCUGGAUAAAAACAACAAAGUGAAGAUGGUGGUCGGAGGUUCUGGAGGAACAAAAAUCACCACUGCUACUGCUCAGGUCAUCCUCCAGGCCCUCUACUUCGACCAGGUCGUACACAAAGCCGUGACGAACUCUCGGCUCCACAACCAGCUGUUUCCCAACAACACUUUGUUCGAGGACAGCUUUGACGAAAACGUCGUUGAUGGUUUGAAAGCGAAAAACCACCAGACGGAGUUCCCGAGUUCAAAUGUAGCAGUGGUGCAGGCGGUGGUUGGUUACGAUAAAGGACUCCUCGCUCAGUCGGACCCUCGCAAGUGGGCGUACGCCGCAGGGUACUGAUGGUACACGCACCUCUGGUUGUACACAGUCUGUGUGGAUAUACCAGCUCCACUGGUAGCGGAGAGUUUUAUAGACGCCAUAAAGAAGCGUCCGGGGACCGUCGUCAGCUGUUCUGGGCCGCUAAUGUUCUCUCAUUAAGAUUGAGCAACAUCCACAGGAACCGUUCCCCCGAGAUAACGAGAACAUAACGAGAACAACGUAUCGGCUUGACCUUCAAUAUUAAAUAUUUACUUCUUUACUUCUGUCCUUCGUUCUUCCCUGCUGUUUCCUUUAGUUUUUCAUAUAUAUUUUUUAAAGCUUUACUGAAUUCAAAUGUAUUUCAAUAAUGUAGCUCCUUGUCCAUUCCCCUGCAGGGGGUGCUAUAAGAACAUUCUUAGAAGUGAUCAUUUUUGCUUAUAGGAAUUGCAUGUGGAAUGGAAUUGUAGUGUUUUGGGGGGGCGUGGUCUUGUUUGUCCGAUCUGGGCCACAAAAAAAAAAAAACGAUUGUUUAAAAACUUCACUGGACAAAAUGUUGGUCAUUUUGUUUUGGCUCGAUGAACUCCUAAAAGUAGCACAACAACGCUAUAGUAACAGUACCGUUACCGUUAAGAGUUCCAAACCUUCCUAAUGCUAUAAUUCUUCUUCUUGACCCCAGGCUGACCCCGCCCCUCCCCCACUCUGGACUCAACUCUUAGCUUUUUUAAAAGGGAUUUUUUGUUUAACAUAGAAACUUGGAACGGUAGAAUAAAGAAACUACAAGCAGAGGGCAGCAGAGUGCCACACCUUUGACCUCUGACACAGAGUUAUAACUGACUGAACGCAAUUGUUAGGGACGUCUGUGUAUUAACUUUUUGCCGAUAUCCGAUAUUGUUCAACCACUUAAUUUCCAAUUCCGUUUUUUUUAAAACCCUGAAUUAAGAUACUGUUAAUUACCUGGUGAUAUUUAUUUAUUCAUCUGCAUUGCUGCCAUCUAGUGGCUUUCACAUUAAUAUACCGCCGUUUUUUUUUUUUACCCCCAAAACUAUUGUUUGAUUAUACAUCACUUGGGGAAACCCAGGCGUUGCGUUGUCGGGUUUUUUCAUUAUCGGAGGAAAAAGCGUUAAGGAUUCUUACAGAUAUUACAUAGUUAUGCUAACGUCAGACAGAACCUACUUUAAAUUAAAUUUCAGUAUCGCACAUAAAUACAUGACUCGAUGACUAGAUUAUAUCCUGGUUGUGAAGCACGUAAUCAGCUGUUUUUAGUUUUAUUAAACUAUAAAGAACAGAACACACUGAUUAAAUACGUACGAAAGAACAAACCUCUCGUGCGGAGUGAGAGCUGCGAUCGGAGCACGGCUCCACCGCACGGCUGACUCACAGACAAACAACAGGCCGACGGCUCAUUUUUAAUAACAGUAAUUUCCCACAACCCAGAGUGCAAUGACCUGUAAUAAGGCCAUAACAACAUUACAGCCGCCGCUGCACACUGUCACCACUAGAGCUCAGGACUGUCUGUAACUGUGUGGCGUGUUACGUAAUCACAGAACUGUACGGUUCCCAGCUCCAAACCACUGGAUCCUGUGAAAUUAAAGCUCAGUUCAAUUUUU